AUGCGCAAAACAUCCUAUGGCGUUACUGCUGUCUUUUGUGCCAUUGUGCUCAUUUUAAAUAUCCUAGCGUCAACACGAACUGACUGGCUCGUCUACAAGACUCCCGAAAUUCUCCACACCAAAAUCACCGUUCGCUAUGGCUUGAGACAGCUUUGCGAGACCAAAGUCAUCAGCCUGCCUGACUCGGACACUGACCGUAACUACACCGAGAGGAGCUGCCGCCGCUUCCCUCUCACCAAGACUGACGAAUGCCAGAGCGGGAACGAAACAUUUUGUGCGUCCUGGACGAGCGCAGGAUACGCUAUGGAGCUGGCCAUAGGCUUCUCUGCGGUCUCACUCGUGGCGAUCAUGUUUGGAGUUAGCACGCACUCGAGGAGAAGGCGGAUUUGGAGGGCUGUUGCGGGGCUGGUGGCGCUUCAAGCUGUGUUUCAGCUCCUCGCAUUCGGACUCGUUACGGAGAUGUAUAGGACGGGAAGAUAUCCCACUUUUGACCAGUCAAAGCCUGGAACCGCAUACAUUGUUAACACUAUCUCAUGGAUCGCCAGCGUCCUUAUUGUUAUCGGUGUGGUGACCACUGGUAUUUCGGCUGAUAAGGGCCACCAAUGGGCGGCUGGGAACAGAGCUUAUCGACAGCUACCCAGUUAG